AUGGGGAUGGAUGAGGGCCAGGAGAGAGAGCCAACGCCAGUCAGCUCCAACAUGAAACUGCCACUGGCUGAGGCUGGGCCCACCAGUGACAGUGGCAGAGCCUUUGGGACAAUGUAUCUCAGGAGGAAGGAGAAAUGCUUCCCCGAGCUGCCCAAGGCGUGGCUGCCCCGCCCAGCCCAGCCCCUCACGCAGCGCGGGGCUGCGGCCGCUUCAGACCCGGAGCCACCGGGGCGGCACCGACCCGGUACCCCCGGGGCGGGGGACACGGAGCCGCAGGGGCAAACCGGCCCAAAGGCCCGGAAGCGCCGCCGGGCCCGGCCCCACAGCCCGCGGAGCCCCCUCGGACACCGGCCCGAGAAGGCGCCGCUGCCCCCGCAGCAGCCCCGGAGCCGCGGCCCCGGCCCCGCUCCCUCAGCCGGGCUGGGCCGGCCCCGCCCCAAGGCCGCAGCCUCCCGCUCCGCGCUCGUCCCGCGCGGUUCUCGUCGCCCCCGGCCCCGCCACCGCCCCGGGGCCGCCCAGCCGCGGCCCCCGCCCCGCUCACCUGCGGCGGCUCCGCCGGGACCCCCCGCCCGUCCCGGCCCGGCCGCGGCCUCGCUGCAGCGGCGGCACCGGAAACCGACCGGCCGGACGGGCCCCGCCCGCCAUGACGUCAAUGCGCCUCGCUCUCGCCCGGGCUCGUCGCCGCGGGAAACAAGUAUUCCCUUGUGCUUGAUGCAAUCCCUGCUGGAGUCCUGGAGCCAGGAGGAGGGGAACAGACCCAGCUUGCAGGAGGAGUCUUGUGAAGCCACUGGACAGAGCUUCCCCCAGUGAGUCAGCACUGGUUAUCUCUCAAAGUUAAAUCACACUUCACAAAGUUAAAUCUCACUUCCGUGAGCUUAUGCUCCUAUGUCCCCACGUGUUAAUUCUCACACCACCGAAGACGUAAGGGAAAUUAAAAAUAAACAAAGCCCUGUUCCA